AUGCAGUCCAUCCCAGAUCUGAUAAAAAAGAAAAGAGAUGGAGAAGAGUUGAGCACAGAAGAGAUUCAACGUUUCCUCAAUGCUGUUACCGACAAGACCAUACAAGAAUGUCAGAUAGGAGCCAUGCUCAUGGCCAUCUGGAUGAAGGGCAUGAGUGUCAUUGAGACACAGGCUCUCACCCGGGGAAUGAUGCGCUCUGGGGACGUGAUGUCCUGGCCCCACGACUGGACCGUGGUUGACAAACACUCUACUGGAGGAGUCGGUGAUAAAGUCAGCCUGGUGUUGGCUCCUGCAUUAGCUGCUUGUGGUUGUAAGGUGCCCAUGAUCAGUGGACGGGGACUAGCACACACAGGAGGAACUCUGGAUAAACUUGAAUCCAUUCCUGGGUUUAGAAUUGACCAAACGCAGGCAGAGAUUUGUGAUGUUCUGACAACAGUGGGCUGUUGCAUUGUGGGUCAGACUGAGAAGCUGGUUCCUGCAGAUAAAGUCCUUUAUGCCAUGAGGGAUGCUACAAACACUGUGGACAGCCUGCCACUCAUCACAGGGUCCAUCCUCUCAAAGAAGGGGGCAGAAACACUGUCAGCUCUGGUGCUCGAUGUCAAAUUUGGAAAAGGUGCUCUGUACAAAGACCUAACCAGUGCCCGAGAACUUGCACAGUCAUUGGAAAGUACUGGAAAUGGUUUGGGGAUCCGCACAGCAGCGGUCCUCAGCAGAAUGGAUUCUACAAUUGGCCGAUGUGUGGGGAACAGUUUAGAGGUGAUUGAAUCCCUCGAGACACUGAAGGGGAAUGGCCCUGAUGACCUGAUGGAGCUGGUGGAAACUCUUGGGGGUGUUCUGCUGAUGAUGACAGGGUUGGCGUCCGACUUAUCAAAGGGAAAAACUAAAAUCGCUGAAGCUGUGGUGAGAGGAGAGGCCCUUUCCAAGUUUCAGGCCAUGAUGGAGGCUCAGGGUGUGGCCAAAGAGACAGCUAAGCUCCUCUGUGCCAAAAACACAGACUAUUAUCAAGUCCUGAGAAAAUCCCAGAAUUUCACAGAACUCAAGACACGGGAAAACGGUGUGGUCCAGGAUGUAGAUGGCUUGUGUCUGGCCCAAGUCCUACAUCAACUGGGAGCUGGACGAUCAACCGCCGGGGCACCUAUCAAUCACAGUGUUGGUGCGGAGGUUCUGGUGUCGCUGGGUGAAGAGGUGCCCAAAGGUUUUCCUUGGUUGAGGCUUCACUAUGAGACUCCAGCUCCAACAGAAAACCAAAUAUCUCUGCUGCAGGACAGUUUGGUUUUAGAAUCAAAGGAAAAGUCUACAUACCAGAAGCAAUGCUUGGUCCAGGAAAUUCUGCCGCCACAAGUUUGA